AUGACUUCUGAGUGCUCCCCUGCAGGCUGCCCUUCAGAAUCCAGUGCUGGGGAUUCUGAUUGUACAAUUGCUUUGAACUGUUGUGAAGAAACCACGUGUCUCACCAGCACAUGUGCUUCCUCAAGAUGUCAGACCCCUACCUUCCUCUCUAAGUCUUGCCUGACAACUGGUUACCUGGCACCAUGCUACUUUGCCGGAAAUUGUAAUAUGCCCUAUUUGCUUGGGAACUGUGUUUGGUGCGAGGAUGGGGCAUUCAACAGCAAUGAGAAGGAGACGAUGCAGUACUUGAAUGACAGACUUGCCAACUACUUGGAAAAGGUUCGUGGCCUAGAAGAGAUGAACGCAGAGCUGGAAUGCAGGAUCCGAGAGCAAUGUGAAGAUGACAUCCCGUUGGUGUGCCCCAACUAUCAGAGCUUCUUCGACACCAUUGAAGAGCUCCAACAAAAGAUUUUGUGCACGAAGGCAGAGAAUUGUAGAUUGGCAGUGCAACUAGACAACUGCAAAAUGGCUGCUGAUGACUUCAAGUCAAGGUACGAGUCUGAACUGUCUCUUCGCCAGCUGGUGGAGGCUGACAUCAGCGGUCUACGUGGAAUCCUGGGUGAGUUGAAUGUGUGCAAAGGUGACCUGGAAGCCCACGUGGAGUCUCUGAAGAAUGAUCUGCUUUGCCUUAAGAAAAACCAUGAAGAGGAGGUCAGCGUGCUUCGGGAACAGCUUGGUGACCGACUCAGCGUGGAGAUAGACACUGCGCCCACCGUGGACCUCAGCCGGGUCCUGGAUGAGAUGCGCUGUCAGUACGAGAGAGUGCUCGCUGACAACCACAGAGAUGCAGAGGAAUGGUUUGCGGUCCAGACGGAGGAGCUAAAUCAGCAGCAGCUUUCCAGCGCCGAGCAGAUGCAGGACUGCCAGACGGAGCUCCUAGAACUAAAACGCACAGCCAAUGCCCUGGAAAUUGAGCUGCAGGCACAGCAAAACCUGACAGAAUCUCUGGAAUGUACCGUGGCAGAAACUGAGGCCCAGUACAGCACACAGCUGGCCCAAAUGCAGUGCCUGAUCGAUAAUGUGGAGGCACAGCUGGCUGAGAUCCGCUGCGACCUGGAGCGACAGAACCAAGAAUAUGAGGUGCUGCUAGACGUCAAGGCGCGGCUAGAGUGUGAGAUCAACACGUACCAGGGCCUGCUGGAGGGCGAGGACAGCAGACUUCCCUGUAACAUUACCUCUGCAACCAAUACAUCAAGCCAUGCUGCCGAGUCAUGCCCAGAAUACGUCAUUUGCACAGUUGAAAGCUGCUGUAUGUGA